AUGAAUCUGCCGCCGAGCGGUAGAAGUGCCCGUGCAAGUGUCAAGGAGAGGCAAGGGGUCGAUCCCUGCAUGUGCCAUCUUCAGAGUCGCCGUUCUGUUGUUAACAGACUUGGUUUCGAACUGGAAUCAACAAACCGACAGCCCCAUGUGCGGGACCGAAGAGCCCCCGGUAGCCUUGCAGGGCUGGAGGCGCAGCGGGUGAGGGAGCUCCGUGGCUGGCGGCAGAGCGGGCUGGGGCGAGACGAGAGGCGUCCCGCGAGCGGGCAGGGCAGCACAGCGCAGCGCAGCGCAGCACGCGGGGCCUGCGCCGCUGCCACCGCAGCGGAGCGCGCGAGCUGCGCGUUCACCUCGGAUGGGCCUGCCGUAGGGUCCUGUCUUGGACCCUCCAGACCAGGUGGGGAGAAAGAUGGGAGUGAGUCCGGCGUACUAGAGUACACGGUGUAUGAAGAAAAGCUAUGGGAACUGGGUUUGUUCAGUCUGGUGGAGAGAGGGGUGCGUCUGAUUUUGGCCUUUUACUGCAGUGGAGGAGGAGUUACAGAUCCAGAUUCCUACACUUACACAGACAGGACAAGAAGAAUGAAAGAGUUUGCAAAUUAUGCCUUGCCUCAUGAAAUCUAUCCAAUAGUUUUGGACAGUUACCGUCCGCAGAAGGUGUGCUUGUGUCCAUUCCUGCCAGUGCAUCCGCUAAAAGUUUCCACCUGCUUAUAUAUAAUUCAGCAUCCAGCAGAGGAAAGCCGAGUGUUAAGAACGGUACCUCUGCUAGCGGCUUGUCUCCCUCCAGACAAAUGUAAAGUUUUGAUUGGUCGCCGUUUUAGUGAAGACAGGUAUCCUGAAUUAGCAACAGUUUGCAGGAAUCCCAAUACUCUAAUUUUGUAUCCUGGAGCUGAAGCAACUAACUUGGAAGAAAUUGCAUUGAUGCCUUCUAGUCCAUCUGUGAUGAUAAUCAUCGAUGGAACAUGGAGUCAGGCUAAAGAUAUAUUUUACAAAAAUUCUCUCUUCCGUAUUCCUAAGCAGGUGCAGUUAAAAACCAACAUUUCAAGUCAGUAUGUAAUUCGUACACAGCCAACAAACACCUGUCUCUCUACCCUUGAAUGUGCAGCUAUUGCUCUGACCAUUAUGGAAAAAAAUAAGAGUAUACAAGAGACUAUACUCCGUCCACUUCAAGCAUUGUGUUCUUUCCAGCUUCAGCAUGGUGCCCAGAUCCAUCACAGCAAAGAGCAUCUUCUCAGAAAUGGCCUAUAUGACAAGCCCAUGCCAAAGAAUAAACGCAAACUCAGAAGAAUGCAACUUUUGGUAAAUAAUGUUAAAAUAUAAGAAAACUAUGCUGAUAAUACAAUGGGAUUUAUUUGAAGCUAGCAAAUUACUGAUUCUGGACUUAAUCCAAA